UGGCAGAUAAGCUGUAAUCAGAUAUGGUGAGUUUGUAUUGAAACUGAUGGGCGUGAUUAAAUUACUUUCAGUAGCAAUGCUCAGGUCAUGAGGAGUGAAAACAAAUAACAACUGAGAUUUGGCUCCACCUGGGCCCUGGUAAACAAAGGCCACCAGUCUGGGGGCAGGGGGAAGGGAGACAGACUUUUCUGCUGUAGAUAUGAGUACAAAUAAAAUGACAAACCUUAAAGUGCAGAGUGGCCAGGGAGACAAAUAUUGCUAAAGAAAGUUGAUAGACCAGGAAAACAGGGAGUUACUAAGUAACCAGUGGACACAGAAGAAGAAAUUCUAGGUUGAGGGAGCAAGAGGGAUAGUUGAAAAGGUCAGCCUAGAGAACUUAAGAGCUGAAGACUUUGGAGACAAAGCAAACACAUUCUGGGUGCAGAUGAGGGCCUACUUGUGACCCUGCCGCCGAGAAGUAACGCCCUAAGAAGCCGAGGUUGGUGUGACGCUGAACAGAAGGUCUGCAAGAAGAUACAGGACCCAGGACGGGACGGUCAUCCGCAAGGAUGUUGAGGCUCCUGAGGGGACGCAGAUCGCCUAAUGAGCUGCUAAGUCGCACAUCUCUAGAGACACAAAAGUUGGAUCUGAUGACUGAGGUGUCUGAGCUAAAGCUCAAGCUGGUCGGAAUGGAGAAAGAGCAGAAAGAACAAGAGGAAAAACAGAGAAAAGCAGAGGAGUUAUUGCAAGAACUCAAGCACCUCAGAAUCAAAGUGGAAGAGCUGGAGAAUGAGCGAAACCGGUACGAGUGGGAGUUGAAGGCCACUAAGGCUGAGGUGGCCCAGCUGCAAGAACAGGUGGCCCUAAAAGAUGCAGAAAUUGAGCGUCUUCACAGCCAACUCUCCCGGAGUGCAGCUCUUCACAGUGACCAUGCAGAGCGAGACCAAGAAAUCCACCAUCUGAAGAUGGGGAUGGAAACGCUGCUGGUUGCCAAUGAGGAUAAGGACCGUCGGAUAGAGGAGCUGACAGGGCUGUUGAACCAGUACCUAAGGAUGAAGGACAUUGUGAUGGCAACUCAGGGGUCUUCAGAGAGAACCCUCUCAAUCAGUGAGGAUGAACUAGAAGGAAGCUUCAGGAAAUGGAACGCCACAAAUAAAAGCCCAGAGGAAGUAUUGAAGCAAGAGAUAUCACCACAAUGCAGCUCUCCCAGCCCAGGGCCACCUCCUUUGCCACAGAAAUCACUGGAGACCAGGGCCCAGAAGAAACUCUCCUGUAGUCUGGAAGACUUGAGACGUGAAUCUGGGGAUAAGUGUGUUGAUGGGAACCAGCUGUCCCUGGUGGGAGAGCCCAAGGACAGCUCUUUCCUGGUGGAGCAGAAAUACCCGACAUUACCUGGGAAGCUCUCAGGAGCCACGCCCAAUGGAGAAGCUGCCAAGUCUCCGUCCACUGUCUCCCCCCAGCCUGACUCUUCAGGGGGCAGCCUGCCAAGGCUGAGAGACACAGAAGGUGCUUGGGAAGACGCAGUCGUGGUCAAUGAAUUCUCAUCCACUUCAUCUGGCACCGAGUCCAGCCCCCAGUCUCCCCUAACACCAGAUGGCAAACGGAGCCCCAAAGGCAUCAAGAAAUUCUGGGGAAAAAUCCGAAGAACUCAGUCAGGAAACUUCAACACGGAUGCACCAGGGAUGGCAGAGUUUCGACGAGGUGGGCUCCGGGCGACUGCAGGGCCAAGGCUUUCUAGGACCAGGGACACCAAGGGACAGAAAUGUGAUGCCAAUGCCCCCUUUGCCCAGUGGAGCACAGAGCGUGUGUGUGCAUGGCUGGAGGAUUUCGGCCUGGCUCAGUACGUGAUCUUUGCCAGACAGUGGGUGACAUCUGGCCACACACUACUAACAGCCACCCCUCAGGACAUGGAAAAGGAGCUGGGGAUUAAACACCCCCUCCAUCGGAAGAAGCUGGUGUUAGCAGUGAAAGCUAUCAACGCCAAGCAAGAGGAGAAGUCUGCACUGCUCGACCACAUUUGGGUGACACGGUGGCUUGAUGACAUUGGUUUACCCCAAUACAAAGACCAGUUUCAUGAAUCCAGAGUUGAUGGGCGAAUGCUGCAGUACCUAACCGUGAAUGAUCUACUCUUCUUAAAAGUCACCAGCCAACUACAUCAUCUUAGCAUCAAAUGUGCUAUUCACGUGCUACAUGUCAACAAGUUCAACCCCCACUGCCUACACAGGAGGCCUGCUGAUGAGAGUAACCUUUCUCCUUCAGAAGUUGUGCAGUGGUCCAACCACAGGGUAAUGGAGUGGCUGCGAUCUGUGGACCUGGCAGAAUAUGCACCCAAUCUUCGAGGGAGCGGCGUCCAUGGUGGCCUCAUUAUCCUGGAGCCACGCUUCACUGGAGACACUCUGGCUAUGCUUCUUAAUAUCCCCCCACAGAAGACGCUUCUCAGGCGCCAUCUGACUACCAAGUUCAGUGCCCUGAUUGGGCCUGAGGCUGAACAGGAAAAGCGAGAUAAAAUGGCCUCACCGGCUUAUACACCUCUGACCACCACAGCCAAAGUUCGGCCUAGGAAACUCGGAUUUUCACAUUUUGGGAACAUGAGGAAAAAGAAGUUUGAUGAAUCCACGGAUUACAUUUGCCCCAUGGAGCCCAGUGAUGCUGUCAGUGACAGCCACAGGGUCUAUGGUGCCUACCGGGGCCUCAGUCCCCUCGAUAACCAUGAACUAGACGGGCUGGACCAGGUGGGACAGAUCAGUUGACACCCCUGUCACCUGCCUUCUCUGUGCAUGGAGAGCUUACAGUAACACCGAGUGUCACCAUGUAACUGCACUGCGUUCUUGUGCAUGACCUGUGGGAAACAGCAGCUGUGUACCUUUGGGCUGGUCUCCCUGCACACCCCAGGGAUGGGCAGGACGUGCAGUUACACAGCUGCAAAGGGGACACUCUGGGGACCAUAGCCAAAUGUGGACUCGGGGGAAGUCACCUGAAGACAUUUGUACAUGUUUUAGUCAUUCUCUGUAUCCAUAUUUCAGCUGGAAACACAUGAGCAGAGGCAGCCCUGGGCAACCCCAAGAGGCUCAGCUCUCAGACACUGCCCCUUUGCUCCAGCUGAGGGAAGAAUUCAAGUGCCUUAGGCCUGUGGGCCACAGAGUCUUGGCUGAGAUCAAAGGGGUGACAGCGGGUAUUUAGGCCAUGGUAACAACAUAAUUUGAUUGUAC